AUGUCAGACUCGCCAAGCUCUUCCCCACCAGAACCUUCCUCCGAUUCCAGUCCUCCUCCGGAAGACUCCACCGAUGAUUCUGCUCCUCCGCCAGCUGAUUCAGCACCACCUCCGGCUGAUUCUACUCCACCGCCGGAUGACUCCACCGGUGGUUCUUCUCCUCCACCGACGGAGGAUUCAGCACCACCUCCUAGUCCACCAGCUGAUUCAUCACCGCCGCCUGAUUCAUCUUCUCCACCGCCGGUGACUCCUCCUCCUGUAUCCGCGCCUCCGCCUGCUACUCCUCCUCCGGAAUCUGACCCUCCGCCUCCACCUCCUCCCCCGGAUGCUCCUCCUCCAGCUGAUCCAACACCUGUAGACUCCGGUUCACCACCACCGGAGCCUACAAAGUCUCCUCCUCCUCCUCCUCCCCCGGAGGAAUUUGAAUCACCGCCGCCUCCGCCAAAUGAAGAAGACAGCUCUCCUCCUCCUCCUCCUCCGCCUCAGGAAAAAUCUUCUCCUCCUCCAGCGUCUUCACCGCAGGCAGCACCAAAAAAACCAAAAAAACCAAAAAAAUCACCACCACCACCACCACAACCGGCAGCACCUACCAAAUCUCCUUCAGCACCAACCAAGUCUCCUCCAGCACCAGCCAAGUCUUCUCCAGCACCAGCCAAGUCUCCUCCAAACGCGCAGCCACCGCUUAACGCACUACCACCAAAGUCCACCGCUGCAGGAGGACCUCUCAAGUCUCCCACUAGCGGAGUCGCCAGCUUCCCGCCGCCGCCUCCUCCUUCAAACGGAAAUAACAAUGGCUAUCAGGGGAAGACUAUGGCGGGAAUGGCAGUAGCCGGAUUCGCACUCAUCGCCGUAGUAGCCGUCUUGUUCUUUGUCAGAAGAAAGAAAAAGAGAAAUGUAGAUGCAUACAGUGACUCCCAAUACUUGCCUCCUCCAAACUUCUCCGUCCAAUCAGAUGGUUUCUUAUACGGACAAAACUCAACAAAAGGAUACUCUGUUCCUAUUGGUUACAAUACAAGACAACAAUCCGACAACACUAGAACCAGCUUUGGAAGUCAAAAAGGUAGCCAAAGAGGGAGUCAUAGAGGUUAUCCACCUGACUCAGCAGUGAUGGGGAGUGGUCAGACGCAUUUCACUUAUGAAGAGGUAAUGGAUAUGACCGAAGGAUUCGCUCAGCAAAACAUACUUGGUGAAGGUGGGUUUGGUUUUGUCUACAAAGGUAAACUGCACGAUGGGAAACUAGUUGCUGUGAAGCAGCUUAAGGUUGGUAGUGGACAAGGUGACCGUGAGUUUAAAGCUGAGGUUGAGAUUAUUAGCCGUGUUCACCAUCGUCAUUUGGUUUCUUUGGUUGGUUACUGUAUUUCGGAUGUUGAGAGGUUGCUUAUUUAUGAGUAUGUUCCUAACCAGACUUUGGAGCAUCAUUUGCAUGGGAAGGGAAGGCCAGUCCUAGAAUGGGCUAAAAGAGUCCGGAUCGCUAUAGGUUCUGCCAAAGGAUUGGCAUAUUUGCACGAAGACUGUCAUCCAAAAAUCAUUCACAGGGACAUAAAGUCAGCAAACAUCCUGCUGGAUGAUGACUUUGAAGCUCAGGUUGCUGACUUUGGACUUGCCAAGCUCAAUGAUUCAACACAAACCCAUGUAUCAACUCGCGUUAUGGGAACAUUUGGGUACUUGGCACCAGAAUAUGCACAAAGUGGAAAACUGACUGAUAGGUCAGAUGUUUUCUCAUUUGGGGUUGUUCUCUUAGAGCUUGUAACUGGACGCAAACCAGUCGACCAGUACCAGCCUCUAGGAGAAGAGAGUUUGGUCGAAUGGGCUCGUCCACUGCUUCACCAAGCCAUUGAGACUGGAGAUUUCAGCGAUUUGGUUGAUAGACGGCUCCAAAAGAAUUACGUUGAAAAUGAAGUUUUUAGAAUGAUUGAAACGGCUGCUGCAUGUAUUAGGCAUUCUGGUCCUAAACGUCCACGCAUGGCUCAGGUUGUGAGAGCACUGGACAGUGAAGGAGACAUGGGAGACAUUAGCAACGGAAGCAAAGUGGGUCGACAAACCAGUACUAAUGACUCUGGUCAGUAUAACUCAGACACCAUGAAGUUCAGGAAAAUGGCGUUUGGUUUUGAUGACAACUCAGACUCAGGAGACUACUCUGUCCGAAGCUCCAGUAGAGGAUCCUCUGGAGCUUCUACCGAGUUCACGAGGAACGAAUCAGAGAGCCGACACGUCAAUAACCGGCGGUUCUGAUUGAAACAUAGGUGAAGUUAUUAUAACUCUUCACUCAUGCUUGAGCUCUCUCAUGUACAUCAUUAAUGCUCUUUAUUAUUUUUGUGUGAUGUGCAUUUUCUUGCAUAGCCACCUUUUGGGUUUUGCUCCAUAAUGGCCAUUUGCCUCAAAAAAACUUAUUAUAGGUUAGAACAAGAAAAAGCAAAAAAAAAAGAAAGAAAGAAAAAGAACUCAUAGAAGUUCUGAAAGAGUGAUUUGAAUCUUGUUUGCUUUUUUUGUUUCUCUGUGUUUGGUUUCAGAUUUUUGUUGAGUGUGAUGAGGACAAUGAAGAAUUUCCAUCUUC